AUGUACUUUUCCACCCUCGUUGCCACAAUGGCCUUGGCAGCUAGCACAGCGCUCGCAGGCACAUCGUACGUGCACAACAAGUGUGGCUAUGACGUCUAUGUCACUUCCGUCGGUGCAACCCCGGGUCCAACGACGAAACUCGAGAACGCGACGUACUGGAGCGAGCAGCAGUAUCUCGAAGACGUCGGGACCGCCAUCAAGAUCACGACCGAGGCCAAUGGACUGUACGAGGCCAAGCCCGUGCUGCACUUUUCCUACACGUAUAACGAGGGCGUCAGCAUUUACUACGACCUCAGCACGAUUCAUGGAUACGACUUUGCGGGCAAGAAACUCCGUCUGCAUGGGCCGGAUGAUCAAAAGGUCGAGGAGAUUGUGUGGGACGGAGAGCCCAAGCCCAAUCAUACUGCGGUUUACUUUGGCGAUACUAGCUUGUACCUUGAGCUUUGCGACUAG